GCUAUAGUCUGGGAAUUAAGGGUCAGUUCUUAGCAGGGGUCAGAGGAAGCAGAAUUUAGUGGGAACAGCUGGCAGCAUCCCUGCAGACUUUCAGAGGUGGACCAGGGAACAUUCCUGGCCAAGUCAAACCAAGACUGGUGCUGGGACAAGAGGCAGGAGGGACAUUUUUGUCCCUGUGGCUUCCUUUGAAGUUCUGAGUUCUGCCUCUCCCAGAUGAGCCUUUCCCCAGGGAAAGGAAGACCAACUGUGUCGCUGGGAUUUCAGAACCACCCUCUGAAAGGUUUUUCAAACAGGAACUGGACCUUGAGAAGAUGGGGAAGCUGGGCCCAAGGAAGGGCUGUGGCCAUUGCCUCACAGCAUGUGGUCCUCCUUUGGGGGAGAUGAGUCAGGGACUGCAUCACCCAGUUCCUGCUAAUACUCAGAUGUCAGCAUUUUCAGUGUGUUUGAGGUUAAACUCAAGGAUUCCAUAGUUGGGCUGGCCUGGUCAGAGUCCUGAGCUUUCUGGCUCACAGAGUGAUGCUGUGCUGGCCACUCCCUCUCUCUGAGUCUCAGUUUCCUCAUCGGUGUACCACUGCGGUGAUGAUAGUCCUCACCACACUGGUUAUUGUGAACUGUGUGAGAUAACACAUGAAGAGCACUUAGCAAGGCGCCUGGCUCACAAAAAUUCUCCAACUGCAGAAAGUGGAGACAACAGUACAGUGACCCUACAUGCUUGUUACCAGCCUCACCUGUCACCCACAUGGAGUCCUUCCCAUUUGUGGGGUUUCCAGGAUUUGCUGAGCACCUACUAUGCGCCAGACGUCGUGUUCUAGGUAAGGGGGAUACAUCUGAUGGAAGAAGGUGCUUCCCUAGACGUAGCUUACAUCCCAGUGUGGGAGAUGACAAGAAACAGCAAACUCCCCACAACAGCCUCCUCAACGCUGCCUCCCACAGUGCUUGGACAAAAUAAUUACAGCAAGGAGCGCGCACUCCUUAUACAGGACAUCCCAAUGCAGGUGGAGAAACUGAGGGAGAGUUGGAGGUUCCUUGCCCUCGGUGAUGCGGUGUGAAGCCCUCCAGGCACCAGCCCCGCCGCGUGAGCCGCCGCCUGCACCGCUUCUCGCGGACACCAACCGAGCCGCACUUCUCGCGCCGCUACUGCGGGUUUCCGCGGCGCCGGUGUUUUUGUUCCCGGCACGGCGCGUUUUAGUCGUUCAGGCCGAAUCAAGCGAAGGCGGAAAAGCGGCGCGCGGUCCGCGUCAGCUGCAGUUUCGUCCUCCUGGUUCCCGGUGCGCUAACAAAGGCAUUUGCAUGAAAACAGAAACCCGGUUUGCAGAAAGGACCCGUUGGCGGCGUGCAUCGUGCGCUCCAGUGCCCUACCGCUGCGCCCCCUUCCCCAGGUGGGGAAGAAGCGAAGUGUGGGGACUGGCCCAAGACACGGCUCGGCCGGCGGGGACCGGGACGCUGCGGCCCGAGCGACCCCCUUCUCUGCCCCCUUCCCAGGCCGGCGGAAACGGCCGUCUCGGGCGUGGGCGCGCUUCUGCAGACUCAUCGGGACGUUUUACCCAGGCGUGCGGCCAGGGCCCCCGGGGUCUUGGGGAGCCGGCGCCUGCGUGCGGACCGCAGCGGAGCGGAAGGAGCGGCGGCAGUGGCUCCUUCAGCACUGGGGCGCAGCCUCCGGGCUCUCCCUGCGCCACUCUGGGCCUCGGUCUCUUCGCAUGUUCGACAGGGACGCAAGAAUGUCACAACGCCUAUCUGCAGGGGGAGGCGGGCUUCCCAGAAGCGUGCCGGCGCGUGGCUCGCAGAGGGGCUCAGUGAAUAUCCGCUGCGUUGGCCCUUUCCAAAGCUUUUCCUUAGCCGCUUCUCCUUUGGCCCUUUCCAGAGCUUUUCCUUAGCCGCUUCUCCUUUGAAACCCUCGUUUUCCCCAGCAGCCCUUGGAGGCAGGAUAAGCUAAGUGGUAAAAGCAGAGGAUUAGGAACCGGGGAACCCUGGAUUCAAAUCCUGCCCGCCGCUGACUAGCUGUGUAACCACGGGCAAGUUACUCCGCCUCUGGAGGCCUCAGCUUCCUCAUCUGUAAAAUGGGGCAUAACACAGUCCAGAAAGUGCUUAUUUCCGCAGUGUCACAAAGCAAGUGUUUAAUUCAUUCUUAAAAUUAAUCACUUCCAGCUGUGGGACAGGCGCAGGGUAGAAAGGGGUUUUCUUAAGGUCACAGGCGGCGUCAAAGGCAAACCCUCCGGGUCUUCACAAGUAAGUUUUGUGAAGCAGCAAGUCUUCAGCAGCCUGAAGGGCAAGCUCCCCAGAUGGUUUUAUCCAGCCGGGUAGAUGUGAGCGGUAAGGAGCGCCGGCGCAUCUCCGCCUCUCUCCGUGAAGACGCAUAAGCAAUGGCUGGCGAAUCUACUGCCUGGAAUGGGGUUCUUGGGUAGAGACCGUUUUUUGUUGGAAAAAGAAGAAGAAAGAAAGAAAACAAACAACCAUGCAAACAAAAACGGAAAGCCAGAGCCUUUUAUGUAGGAGCCAGCCUGCUAUUCAGGGCCGACCACCGUCUCUCCGCAAUUCCUCCCCGGGAAGGAAGCCUCGCGCUGCCCUCCAGUGGCAGGCGAGGUAGUGUCGCCCGGGCGAAGCUCACAAACAAGGGUUUACCAGAGAAACCAGCUUCAGUCUGCGCGGGUGGGGGCUGUCGGGGAGAGAGCAGAGAAAAUCGGAAUGGUUCCCUGACUGCUGUUUUUUCGUCCCGGUGGAUCUUGGGAGUCUUGGAAAGAGAAUAAUAAGGCUCUCUGAAUUUGAAAGGCAUAGGAGUUUUUACAUUCUGGUUUUAUUUAUUUUUGAAUAGACAACACAUUUACAGGAUUCAAAAGAUAAAAAAGAA